GUUCGUUUUGUCGUAUAUAUGUAUAUAAGUACAUAUACCGGUAUACCGGUAAAAGAGAAGCGUUAAACUCCAAAAUGGCGCCACAUAGGAAAAGUAGCGGAACGAUUCGUGGUUCUCUUAAUGAAACUUUCGACAAAGAAAACAAUUAUUUACGUUCAUUGAGCGAUUAUCAAGCACGAGUUAGAAGGCGAGAAAGCAUUCGGAACUGUAGAAACGUAGGGGAGUAUGAUUUAGAACGAAAAAUCGAGCUAGAAGUUAAAAUGAAGGAAGGUUCAUCAAGAUUAUUAGCUGCUGCACAGCAUCCUGCUCAAAGCUUGGAAGCAGCACGUGCCCUACUUACUUCGAGCAAAAGAAUGUCUAUUUAUAUGGCUGAGCUACAACAUCGUGGCAAAAAUAUGGCAACCUUAAAAACAAGUGUUUCCAACGGUGAAGGAAAAUUAUCCAUUUCGGAUCUCAGAUUCCCCUUGAUGUGGAGAGAUUCAGAUCAUUUUAAAAAUCGUGGAGAUCAUCGAAGGUUCGCGGUUUUUUGCUUGGCUCGUGUUGGGGCAGAAAUUCAUGAUACAACCUUACUCUAUCCUAUUGAUAGAGAACAAACUGACGUUAGUUUUCCUGAUGUUUUGUUAUUUAACAAUGUACCAGCAGACUUCGAGUUAAUCUUAGAGAUCUACUGUCACGUUUUACAAGAAGAUCUUAGCAUUGCCAGUACACCAAGGAGAAUCGGAAGAACUAUUCAUUCGUCGAUUUCGAAAACUGUGGGUAGAAAGUUUGCGUUAUCUUUGCGAGAUGAAUACGAGUGUAACAAGGCAGGACCACAGUUCCACUUAGCGGCUUAUGCAAAACUGACUCUUAACGAUACAGACAGGAAUACACGGACGCACGACUUGUCGCUGAUCAAGUUUGGUACAGAAACUAAAACUUAUGCUCUGCCGCUGUUCGGACAUUUCUGUUGCCGUUUGGCUGUACAGCCAAAUAAUGUUGACAAAAAGGUAUGCACAGGAUUCGUAAUCAUAAACGGUCAACGGUGCUGGGCACGGUUGUGCGGUUUUGAAAUAGAAGCAUGGAACACACAGAGCCAUUCAGAAGAAUUACAGGAACCUGUGCUUACGAUUUGCGUGAACAAAGAGACUACUGUCCGACAAUUGAAAUCUAUGAACAAUCAACUACGGAUAGUCAAUUGUACCGAUAGCGUCAAGAAGCGCGACACUGUGGAAUUUAAUUCAGAGGAUGAUGUCCAAAAAUGGUUGAAACAAUUAAUACAGCGUAUCGACGAACAUUCAAGAUGGAAACAUGCAGCAAUAGACGCCCAGCGAAUACCAUGUUCUGAAAAUUCACGCACGAAUUCAAGUGCGAGAAAUUCAUUCGAUGUCAACAGACGAAAAGGAUCCCUCUACGACGAAAUUCCUAUAAUUGAUAACGCCUUCUAGAAGAUGGAAGAAGUUUCUUUGAAUAAAUACGUGUUUUCUCAUGCAUUUCUAAAUUUAUGUUUGGCAUGGAAAUAACUUGCGCAGCACAUUUAACCAUAAUAGGUAUAAUUUAUUAAAACUUUAUCCUAUCUAAAUCAGUUACAAGUUUUUGUAAUAAUUUUAUGUUUCAACAACCAAAUUGGUUUCAUCCAUU